CCAAUCAUGUUGUCUAGAGUCCGGGAUCUCCGCACCAGAUUAAUCUUGAUAAACCAACAGUGUAGAUCUUUCUGGUUUUGAAGUCCAUGGAGCUGGGAAAUAGGAAUCAUCUAAAUCCGAGACUUCUUUGUUCAAAUAAAUAAUUGUAGGAAUGACUCACUGACUGACUUUCUACUUCAUCUUCCUUUUACUAUUAUUUUUUAAUUAUUAUUUUAAAUUACAAAUCCUUCCUCUUUCUUCCUUGAGUUCAGUACCAUUUCUGAGUUCCAGACAUACAUAUGCAGCAGGAAAUGAAGAAAUCGAUGGUUUCGGACAAGAAGCUGAUUAACGCUGUCGGGGGGAAAUCUGCAAGAGCGUGCGAUAACUGCAUCAAGAAAAGAGCCCGAUGGUACUGCGCCGCCGACGAUGCUUUUUUGUGCCAAUCCUGCGAUUCCUCCGUCCACUCCGCCAAUCCUUUGGCCCGACGCCAUGAAAGGGUUCGUCUCAAGACCUCUAAUAAUUCCAUCAAUUCAUUCGACGACGACGACGACGACGGCGGCGAUGACGACGGCAGAACCACCGCCGCCAGGUUGCAGGUUUCCGUCCCGUCCAGCUGGCACCAUGGAUUCACCAAGAAAGCUCGGACUCCGAGGAGGCACAAACGCCAUGGGAGGAACCUCAGUUCUUCCAAUUAUAAUUGUAAUUAUAAUUAUAAUUAUAAUCAUAAUCAUAUUCCUCCUCUUCAUUUGGUCCCCGAAAUCGGAUGCGAAGAAUAUUCCCACGACGAAAACGACGAGCAGCUGCUCUAUAGGGUUCCGAUCUUCGACCCCUUCGUCGCCGAGCUCUGCAAUUCCGCCGCUUCAAAUCAGGCGGCGGCGGCGGAAGCGGCGGAAGAUGGGCAGACUUGUUUUGAAAUUGAGCCCAAAACGACGUCGUAUCAGGAGACCAACCAUUUACAAGGGUUUCUUCCCUCUGAAAUGGAUCUUGCCGAUUUUGCUGCCGACGUCGAGAGCUUGCUCGGGAAAGGCCUCGAAGACGAAUCCUUCGACAUGGAAGGAUUGGGGAUUUUAGAUGACGACGGCGGCGGAUCGUGCUCGAAUCCUUUCAGGGUUAAAAUCGAGGAUGACGAUGAAGAUGAAGAAAUUCGUCAGAUUACAGAUGUCGGGAUUGAUUUCGGAAGGGAAUCGAUCGAGCUCAAUUUCGACAACGAUUCCGCAAUUCGAUUUGACGAAGAAGGAGAAGAUCGUAAACACGAGAUUAUUACAGGUGCAGAAGAUCCAAUCAUCAGUUUCGAUUCGACGAAAGCUCCGGAGGGAGAUAAUUCCGGCGGAUUGACUUUUCUCAGUCUCAAUUACGACGGCGUUUUAUCUUCCUGGGGCGACGUCAAGUCUCCCUGGACCACCGGACGGCGACCGGAGUUAAAAUCCGGCGAGUUUUUGCCGACGAAUCUGGGCAUCAACGGCGGGGGCGCGGCGGCGCAGUACGGAGAGAUGGGGAUGAUGAACGGCGGCGCCGCGGCGGCGGCAAUGGUGGACGGCGACAGGGAAGCGAGGGUUUCGAGAUACCGGGAGAAGCGGCGGACGCGGCUGUUUGCGAAGAAAAUAAGGUACGAGGUACGGAAACUGAAUGCGGAGAAGAGGCCACGAAUGAAAGGGAGAUUCGUUAAGAGAACAAGCCUGGCGGCGGCGGCGGCGGCGGCAGCUUUUCCGUUGUACAUGAAUAACAACAAAUAGGAUAAGAUAAGAGAAGAGAAGCAUUAGUGAACAUUAGUCUGCCCACCUGUCUGUCAUCGCCAUUGAUGAUAUAUGAUCAAGUUCUGUUCAGACAACAUUCUGCAGGCAUGUGAUAUGCUUAUAUAUAUAUAUAUAUAUGUAUGUGUCGUGUAUAUAAAUUAUUACUAGUAUACUACAAUAAAAUUAAAACUGUCCUCUAUGCACAUAUAUAAAUAUACAUAUGUAUGUCUUAUAUGUGUAAAGAUUUCAUCUUUAUUAGGAAUUUUAUCAUCUUCUACUACUGUGUAUAA